AUUCCAUCCCCCACAUUCAUAAAUACACAAAUAUCUUCUAAUAAUUAUUUCUGAUCCUCGAAAGAGACAUUUUGAUCAUUGAUAAAUUAUUCUCAUUAAUUAUCACAACGACCAAAAAGAAUGUUUUCUUGUUUUAGUAGCAGCAGCAGCAACUUUCUUAGAACCAUGGGAGGGGCACAAAGUAGCUUCAAACAUCAUCACCUUCAUCAACAUGUCGUCCAAACCUCAACACCAUCAUCAUCUUCGUCUUCCGCGGGCGCGUUUUGCAAUCUCUAUAAGACCACAAAUCUCGUAAGCUCGUAUGAAUCCGCUUGCCGAUCCCACGACGAUAUGCACGACUUCGAUUCCGCCCUCCAAGCGAGGACUAACCAUGCGCUUAGCUCCAUCGCUGGGGGCGGGAUCGAGGUCAGAGCGUUAUCCUUCGACUCGUUGAAGGACGUCACCGAGUGCCUUUUAGACAUGGAUCAACAAGUGGUUAAGGUGAUCUUAGAAUGCAAAAAAGAUAUUUGGAGAAACCAAGAGUUGUUCCAGCUGGUGGAAGAGUACUUUGACAACAGCUUGAAAACGUUAGACUUUUGUGUGGAGCUAGAGAAGUGUCUAAAGCGGGCCCGCGACAGGCAACUUCUGAUUCAGGUUGCAAUCCAGCAGUUUGAGACAGAUAACUAUGAGGAAGCCAUUGAUGAGCUUAAGAGCUUGAAAGAAGCGGGGGACCCUUUCACGGAAGACUUCUUUCGAAUUUUCCGGUCCGUGUACAUGAACCAGAUCGUAAUGCUCGAGAAGCUUCAGUCGAGGAAGACGAAGCUCGACAAGAAGUUGAAGUCCAUCGGGUCGUGGAGAAAAGUCUCGGGGAUCAUAUUCGCGGCUGCUUUUGCAGCCGUUCUGAUAUGUUCAGUGGUGGCAGCCGCAGUAGCUGCCCCGCCUGUCGCCGGGGCGCUCGCGGCUGCUGCCUCUGUCCCGCUCGGGUCGAUGGGGAAGUGGGUGGACUCGCUCCUCAAGAACUACGAGGACGCGAUAAAGGGACAGAAGGAGACGAUCAACGGGAUGCAGGCGGGGACCUAUGUGAGCAUCAAGGACAUGGACACAAUAAGGGUUCUGAUCGACAGAUUGGAGAUGGAGAUGAAGAUGAUGUUAGAGAAUGCGGACUUCGCCAUUGAUAACGAAGGGGCGGCGGUGAAGAUAGCCAUUGGAGAGAUCAAGAAGAAGCUGGAUGGGUUCAUGAAGAACAUUGAGGAUUUGGGGAAGCAGGCUGAUGUUUGCAGCCGGGAUAUUCGGAGGGCGAGGACGGUCAUACUCCAAAGGAUCAUCAAACACCCCCAGUCAACGACCAUGAUUGACUAAUUAAAUUAUACUCGUAAUAUAAUAUUCGUGAUGGAAAUUUGUUAACUUCAUGAGUUAUUAUUAUUCCCAAUAUAAGGAACCAAUUCAAGGAUGUAAUUAAUAAAGAAACUGUUAAUUUAAUUCCUUGUCUGUGUGUAAACUAGGUAGAUCUUCUGUUUUUCUGCACGUUUUGAAAUAAUUUAUGUAUGAUUGGUUAAUGCAUAUGUAUUAUUAUUAUACG